AAAUAUCAAGCCACCGUGUUAAUGCGAUAAGGAGAAUACGUCAAUCACGAUAAGAUAGUAUGUAAGUAUGUACAACCUAUUAUUAGUGAAGUACGAUAGAGGCAACAAACAAUACGAAGGUGUUGCCGACUUCAGUUCUUCUAAUAGAGCAGUAACGACUAAAAAAUCAAGAAUAUGGUUAGUUCAUAUCUAUUCGCUUCUAAUUUUAAGUUAACGUAAUAAUAUUAAGGCACCCGAAACUGCAAAUCAGAAACGCAAGCGAGGCCGUCCUACCAACGUGUCGCGCGACGACGGUGACGCGUCAGGAUCACAACUCGCCAUUUCGAGACAAGGCCAGUUAACUACAAAUUCCGGAAACACAAGAGAUUCGGAAAUGGAAGAAAUAUCCCGUCCCAGGAAGCGCGGACGUCCAGCCAACACCGAGAUUUCGUCUCAAGCACAACCCGAACCUAAACCUUCUCAAACACAGAAAGCCAAGAGGAAGCGUGGGCCAUCGCCGAUAUCACAACCCAAUAAUGAUGGGAAUGAUGGGGAUGAAGGAGAUGAAGACCAGGGGAAGUUACCUCCUGAUCGAAAAAAACGCGGUCGUCCUCGAGCUUCACCAACGAAUGACGAGACCGAGGCUCAAGAACAUAGUGUAGCAAAUACCAGGGAUGAAAAUGCACCUCGAAGCAAGCGCGGUCGCCCAGUGAAAGGGUUGGAGGCAACUAAGAGCAACGAAGUCGAAGAUGAUGAGGCCGAUGAUGAGAACGAAGGUAACUCGAGCCUUCUUAGGCGGAGUGGACGCAUUCGCAGAUCUCCAGAGUCAUCAAAUAAAGGGGCUCAAGGGGUAGUAAAGCCAACAAACGAGGAGAGGUUAGGCGACCAAAUAACUAAUAAACGCCAAAAGAAAGGACGUCCUCCUACAAAUGAACGAACUACGGCCGAAGCAGAACAAGACCCUACUCCCCUGCAUAAGAAGAAGCGAGGCCGACCUUCUCUCAGCAUUCAACCCCCAGCAGAGGCCAACCCUGAACCCCAAGGUCGGCUAAAGAAACGUGAUCGUCAACCACCACCACCUGACGAGAACGCUUCAUCAUCUACGAAAGGAAAAGGAAAGAAACCCCAAGGCCAGCCAACUCAAGGCCAAGACGUUUCUAUAGAAGAAGAGAACCGCCCCAGAAAACAGAAACCCCGCCAGUCUAAUAAGACAUCACCAAAAUCAGGGAGGCGCAGACCGUCUCCCGACGCACAAGACCGUUCAUCAUCACCUGAUUCGGCUACCUCUCCACCUCGUUACCGACACCUUACAACGCGCACACGCCGUGUUCCUCUCAACAUCAUCGAGUCUAAAUGGACAGCCCUCGAGCAACCAGCUCUUACCAGCGUGGCCUCUCUUCUCCAGUCAGCAUCGCGGCCCGUGCUUCUACGUCUCAGCAACCCUCAGCGGCACGGGCACGCCGCCGCGGCUCUCAAUGCCGUAAGCAAACGGCUUUGUUCCAAGAUCGCGCGAGGUCUUCCGUUCCCACCGGCCACCACGUCGACCCGGCGUGAGGAGGAAUUCGAGUUCGAGCGCACCGUCUCAGGUAUCCAGGCCCUUGAGUCACAGCUCGAUCCGCUACUUCACAGUGUUGAGCUGUUGCGCCGCGAGAAGGAACGCGCUGAGAAGGAGCUUGACCGCGAGUAUAAGGCGCUCGCCCGGCUCGGCUCCAAUGCUCACGCCGAGGCUAGGGAGAGAAGGGAUCAGAUGCGGAAGAUGCACGUACUAGUACCGGAAAAGCCACCGCCCGAGUCGAGGGUUGACCCCGUCGGAGAGGUUGUGCCUACAGAGAAUAUAAGUGGCAAAGUGUUCACUGAUCUGGACGACGAGCUAGCUGGCCUAGCCGGCCAGAUCGCGAACCAUAUGGAAAGCAUGCGAGGGAACUUACAGCAGAUCGACGGGGUUGUACCCGCCAUCACGAAGAGCCAAGGCCUACUGAGGGCUGCGCUACAGUCGCGAUUAGAUCGUGAGCAGUUGGAUAAUAUCAUACUUGGCUAGCUAUAGAAGUGUCUAGGUAGUAAUGACCCGGCUGACAAAGAACAACAAUCCAUACUUUAUACUGACGUGAAUAGGCCUAAUGUAUAAUUUAGGGAUUCGGAAUGUUUCCCAUUGUUAAAGACUACCUAGUAGGGCACAUUGCGUCAGGUUACAUUACUUGCCUCGACACAUCAACUGUUCUUUGUCGAGAGUCCAAAAGGGGCUAAGAAUCGCAUUCAUAUACAUCUUCUCUUUAACAGAGUUACAAUCCCUUGUGACAAGCUCAACAAGCUAGACCCUUAAUAUUAUGUUAAAAGGGCAUGUUGAACCUCUUUGAUAUGAUAAUAACUUGUUUUGAAACAAACAGCACCCAGGGCCAUUGACUAUCAGGACGAAGUCUCGUGAGGGAAACUAUAAGAGGUAAUUAGCAGUUAGAGAUG